CAAUAAGUUCAUUUCUUUUACCAGGAAAAAAAGUACGUACUUGUCGAAGAGGGAAAAAUCAAACACAACUUUUUAUCCUUCGGACCUUCGCUACGGCGAGCAGAGUUUUGCUAUGCAGAGUUUCAUCCCGCUAGUGCUAGCUCCUCAUUGAAGUUGUUGCUUCUUAUUUUUCAUGGAACGCGAUUUUCUAUCGGCACACAUGCGUAAUCCGCCACCAAUAUUUCGAGGCAUGUUUUCGAGCCUUUAUCCAGUGCCUAAAACCUGUUUGAUGUUAUGCCCCAAUAAACCUCAAUUGGGUAAUAUUUCCCUCUUUCCCUCUGUUCACUUUAACUGUUUCUCAUGCGCUGCUCUACAAACAAUUGAACCCAACUCCCCAUCAGUUGAAAACCCAAAACUUCAAUAUUCUUUUGGGUCUAAAAGGUUGAGUAAAGAGUUGAAAUAUGGUGCUAAGGAGAGAUUUUUUAUUCUGAACAAGAAAAAGGGGGUUAAAUGGUACUCUGAAAUGCUCAAAGAUUAUGCUACUAAGUUAUGUUUGAAGGAAGGUAAAGCUUUACAUGGUGAAAUCAUUAGGAGUUGCAUAGAACCCGAUUCGCAUUUAUGGGUUUCUUUGAUUAAUUUUUAUUCGAAAUGUGGUGAUUUAGCAAUGGCGGGCAAUGUGUUUGAUUUAAUUCCAGAGAGAGAUGUUGUCUCUUGGACAGCACUGAUAGCAGGGUUUAUAGCUCAAGGGUAUGGCAGUAAAGGUAUUUGCUUAUUUCGUGAUAUGAGGGGAGAAGGUGUUAGGCCUAAUGAGUUCACUUUGGCGACAGUUUUAAAGGGUUGUUCGAUGUGUUUAGAUUUGGAGUUUGGCAAACAACUACAUGCCGAGGUUGUUAAAGUUGCUGGCUUUUCGGAUAUUUAUGUUGGUUCUGCUCUUGUUGAUUUGUAUGCUAAAUGUUGUGAAUUGGAAUCUGCUGUUAAUGUGUUCUUUUCCAUGCCCGAGCAGAAUUCGGUGUCGUGGAAUGCUUUACUUAACGGGUAUGUGCAGGCUGGUCAAGGUGAGGAGGCUUUGAGAUUGUUCUCGAAGAUGUCAGAUUCAGAGAUGAGGUUUAAUAAUUAUACUCUGUCUACUAUUUUGAAGGGGUGUGCCAGUACACUAAAUCUGAGAGCUGGCCGAGUUAUCCAUUCGUUGUUGGUCAAAAUUGGGUGUGAACUUGAUGAUUUUACAAGCUGCAGUCUUGUAGAUAUGUAUAACAAAUGCGGUCUGCAAGAUGAUGCCCUGAAAGUGUUUUUGAGGACUAAAAAUCCUGACACUGUGGCAUGGACUGCAAUGAUCAGUGGAUUUGAUCAGCAAGGACAGAAGAGGGAAGCUGUUCAGCUAUUUUGCUUGAUGAGACAUUCAGGUUUGAGGCCUAAUCAGUUUACACUGGCUAGUCUUAUUAGUGCUGCGGCUGAUUCAGUGGACUUAAUUUGUUGCAAAAGUAUCCAUGCUUGUGUUUACAAAUUUGGUUUUGACUCAGAAGAGUGUGUCAGUAAUGCAUUGAUUGCAAUGUACAUGAAAUUUGGGUCAGCUUUUGAUGGGCAUCGUGUAUUUUCUUCUACGAGUAAUAGGGAUAUAAUUUCGUGGAACUCCCUUUUGUCUGGGUUCCACGAUAAUGAAACUUCUUAUGAAGGACCAAGAAUCUUCAGGAACUUGCUUGUGGAAGGUUUGAGGCCAAAUAUGUACACGUUCAUCAGCAAUUUGAGAUCUUGUGCAAGCCUCUUAGAUGCCACUCUCGGGAAACAAGUGCAUGCCCAUGUAGUUAAAGCUAACCUUGGUGGCAAUAAAUAUGUAGGAACUGCUCUGAUUGAUAUGUAUGCCAAGUGUGGGCAUUUAGAUGAUGCAGAAGUGAUCUUUUACAGAUUGAGUGAAAAAGACAUCUUCACUUGGACAGUUGUCAUUACAGGUUAUGUGCAGUCUGAUCAAGGAGAAAAGGCUUUUCGAUGCUUCAAUCAGAUGCUAAGGGAAGCUAUUAAACCCAAUGAGUUCACUCUUGCUAGCUGUCUGAGAGGUUGCUCUGGUAUAGCGAGCCUAGACAAUGGGCAGCAGUUGCAUUCCCUGGUAAUAAAGUCUGGGCAGUUCAAUGAUAUGUAUGUGGCUAGUGCAUUAAUUGACAUGUACGCAAAAUGUGGGUGUAUCAACAAUGCUGAGUCUCUAUUUAAGAGCGUGGGAUCCUGUGAUACAGUGUUGUGGAACACAAUUAUAUUUGCCUACUCCCAACACGGGCUAGAUGACAAAGCAUUGGAAGCAUUUAGAACCAUGUUAAGUGAAGGUACUCUGCCUGAUCGGAUUACCUUUAUUUGUGUCCUUUCUGCCUGCAGCCAUCUGGGCCUGGUCAAAGAAGGAAGAAGGCAUUUUGACUCAAUGAAAGUUGUGUUUGGUAUCACUCCUUCGAUUGAGCACUAUGCUUGUAUGGUUGAUAUCCUUGGCCGUGGAGGCAAAUUUGAUGAUAUGGAACACUUCAUUGAGGGUAUGGAGCUUGCUCCUAAUGCCUUGAUAUGGGAGACUGUUCUUGGAGUCUGUAAAGCUCAUGGAAAUGUGGAAUUGGCUGAGAAAGCUGCAAACAUACUUUUCGAAAUUGAUCCAACAGCAGAGUCAAGCUAUAUAUUGUUGUCCAAUAUAUAUGCUACAAAAGGGAGGUGGGCUGAUGUUUCAAAGGUUAGAGCAUUAAUGUCCAGGCAGGGUAUCAAAAAGGAACCUGGUUGUAGCUGGGUUAAGAUUGAUAAUCAAGUUCAUGUCUUCUUAUCUCAGGAUGCUUUGCAUCCUAGGUUAAAUGAUAUCCAUAAAAAGUUAGAGGAGCUGGCUUCAAAAAUUACUGCUGCAGGAUAUAUUCCAAACACAAACUAUGCACUUCAUAAUGUCUCUGACAAAGAAAAGAUAGAAAACCUUUCACAUCAUAGUGAAAGGCUAGCUCUAGCUUUUGCUCUCAUGAGCAGCAAUAGAAAUAGUACUGUCAGGAUCUUUAAAAAUCUGUGCAUCUGUGGAGAUUGCCAUCAAUUUAUGAAGCUGGCGUCAAUCGUAACAAACCGAGAAAUAGUUAUUCGUGACAUUAACCGCUUCCACCACUUCUCUCAUGGAAUGUGCUCAUGUAAGGACUAUUGGUGAUUAUUGACUGGCUAACCCAUCAGGCAACCACAGCUGCAACAGAUCAAUAGUGCUUAAAUGAAGUUCUAAAUGCAAGUCAUGAUAGUUCAAUUUGAAUAUAUUACUGAGGUGGCAAAGUAAUGAGCUAAUCACCAAGCUAUGUUGAAGUAAGCAUUUGAUUGUGAAUGUUUUAUUUUCCUUUCUCAGUUUCUUGACGUGGGCUGUCCAUUCCAAUUCUUCCCAAGAAAAAAAUUUCUUGUGUUUGUCGGAAGUACCAAGCUGUUUUAAUUAAGUAGCUAUUUUGAUGCAUUCUUUCUCCUAAAGUGACCAAAGUUCCUUGAUCCUGAAAAGCUUCAUUUGUUAGCUUCAGUCUCUGCCAAGGUUUUUUUUUCCUUGGACGAUCUUUCUAAUUCGAACACAGCUCUUUCUGUUACCUACAGGACUAAUAGCUGGGUUAAUAAGUUACCUGAAGGUACAACAACAAACCCAGUAUAGUCCCAAAAGUGGGGAGAAGAGACAAAUAGAUCAAAAGGUUAAUCAAUCUCUGAGGACUGAAACUAGGUGUGUGAAACCUCUGAUAAACUUAUUGCAGAAGGUGAAGAAACUGCUCAAGUAAAUCAGAGGGUCUGAUUCUGAAUGUUCGUGGCUUUGUGCAUAGCUUUUAUACGUGAAUAGUUUGUACAAGCUGUUCUAUGAAGAGCUGGUGUUAUCUAGCUUCUUACAUCUUGAUGGGACUGCUAUACAGAUUGACUUUGCUACACCAAAUAAGAGACUGAAUGUCAUGAACAUCGUUUCAGUGUUGGAGUGUACUUCCAAGUCAAACCAAGCUUGGAGUAUAGCAAAUAGCUUAUUUCUUCUCUCUCUGUGGCACUGUUUUUGCCGAGGGUCUGCCUUGAACCGUUGAAAAGGAGGUUCGGAGGUUCGUAUCACAUUGAAUCUGCUCAGCUGCAUGGGAAGAAGAGAGAGCAAAAGGAUAGGCUAAAGAACCUUGCAACUCUGUGCUUGAUAGGCAGAGAAUAGGAAAGAGGGAAGAAAUGUCACCUCAAUUUUAACUUUGGAGGGACCUGAUCUACUGAAUAGCUUCUAACAAGCUGGAAACAAGGGAUAAAAUUUGCAAUUGGUUUACUCUCUGGUUGAACGCCUUCUGUUAUUUGGUGCCAAAAUCCAUUAGCUAUGCUGUUGUACCUCACAAGAAGACCAAGAGGGAGUCCCUCUUGCUUAUCCCCAUCUAUCUCAUAUGAAUCCUAUUAUAUCUUCGGAAAGCAUGAACUGAUGAUUAACCAUGGUUUAAAUACUCAGUUAGUUAUCAUGUUCUCUUAUAUGUGUAGAUUACCAAAUGUUUGAUUUAGCCUAACUUGAUGCAGCUGGUGUUGCUUAGAAUGUUGUAAAUCUCAGACGUAGGCAAAAGGCAACUGUAAUGUAACACUGCAUAACUGUUUUGAGUUUUUAACACAUUUAAAGAAGUUUGUUGGUCCUU